CAUCUAAAGAUAGAAAGAAGAUAAAAGACAAAACAAAAUUUAAAAAAUGGAGGUUGUUAGAUUCGCCGUCGCCGUCUUUCUUGUAGUUUGCUCCGUUACGUCUUCUAACGCCGCGACUACACCUACACCACCUAGCGGUGGUGCUGGAGGAGGAGACGCGCACGCAUUGCCGUGUAUACAGAAACUGAUGCCUUGUCAGCCGUAUCUUCACUCGGUGAGUCCCCCGCCUCCUCCGUCGUGCUGCAUGCCGUUGAGGGAGAUCGUCGACAGUGACGUGAUGUGUCUCUGCUCCGUCUUCAACAACGUCGAUAUGCUCAAAUCGCUUAACCUCACUAAAGAAAACGCUCUCGUUCUCCCCAACGCUUGUGGCGCCAAAGCUGACGUGUCUCAAUGCAAAAACAGCGCCGGUGGUACUACUCCGUCUUCGUCUUCGACACCGCCGGCAACCCCGAAAACUCCUCCGGCAUCUUUCACCGGAAGCGGUUCCACCGGAGAUUCAGCUUCUUCGACGACCAAAUCAACAAGCUCAGCUCUGGCCAUCAACUUCGCGGGACUAAUUAGCUUUGCAUCGGCUGUCGUGGCAACACUCUUCUUCUGAUCUACGUUCUUAAUUAUAUUUAUUUCACGGACGUCUUUUUUUAUUAGGUAGGUUUUCAUUUGUUGGAAAAAUAAUCAGACCAAUAUAUUUCGGCAACAUUUUUAUUUUCAACUUAAACUGAUUAUUCAUAUGUAACAAGAAAUUCAAAUAAUAGUAACAACUUUUUUUUUUUUUUGAAAAAGAAACUCUUUACCAAUAAGCAGAGCAUAC